AUGUUGGACGAUGAAAAUACUAGCCAAUCCCAAGUAAUCCACCAGGAAUCUGCAUAUAUAAAUGAAAAUGCUACUGGAAAGGAUGUAAAUAUGGACUCAAGUAAAAUUAAUUUAUCUAAUGGACAAUCUAAGGAGGAUAUUGAAAUGUUGGAUAAUAAUAGAAAUAAGAGUAGAUAUAUCAGUUUGGUUUGUGAUGAUAUGGAAGAUUUGGUAUGUAUUGACUUUUUCCUUCGUUAUUUGUCAUAUUUAUUUCCUUUGUGGGCAGAAUAUGGUGAUAAUCUGAUGUUUCACAUAAUUCAGAUUUAUGGAGCUACAAGUAGUGAUGAAUAUGAGCCCUAUAGACGUAUUAUGGAUCAUCUUAAUAUUAGGAGGACUUAUAGAGGUUGUAAAAGUGAGUUUUCUAGUUCUGAUACCUCUCCACUGAAUGUGCAGGAUUGUAGUAUGAAGACUUGUAUAGAAGCAAUUACACAAUUAGAUUACUAUAGAGAGUGGUUAGAGUAUACUCUUUUACAACUUAGUGGGAUUUUGAAGAUACCUUCUGCAAUUGAUCCUCCUGACUGCUGUGAUAUACUUGAAAAUGGAAAGUCGAUACUUAGUCAUUCUAUUAAGGAAUGGAAGCCUCUAGAACUUACAAAUGUAUCAUUACCAUUGGCAUAUCAGACUUAUGUUUCCGUUAGUACGAAUGAUUCUGGUAAGAAGAUUCAAAAUUCUAAUUUGAAAAAGAAAGACUCUAUUUUAAGUUCAAAAAUUCCCUCAACUCCUUCAAAGAAUGGGAAUGAGGUUGGAGUUACAUAUGAAAAAAACAGAGAUCGUUGGGUUGCAGUUUGGACAGAAAAUGGGAUUAGAAGAAGUCGUAUUUUUAAUGUUAAGCAAUAUGGUUAUGAGACAGCAAGGGAAUUAGCUAUCCAACAUAGAAGGGACCAGUUGGCUCAAAUAAACGGCCAAAAUAAUAAUUCUAGUGGCAAUAUAAGUAGUAGAAGAAGUAAGAAAGUGACAUCAGUUGAGAAUACUAGAAAAUCUCCCUCUAACUAUAAUACUAGAAAUUCGGGCUCUUUAAAUAAUACCCCAUUAAUAGCGUCAAAUACUCCCAAUUUUAAUGUUUAUCUGGAUAGUGAGAGAGAAUCUUGGAUAUGUAAAGAUAAUACUACCAUGGAGGAAGUUGGAAGCUUUAGUAUUCAAGAAUUUGGAUCAGAGCAAGCAGAAUAUUUGGCAAAUGAAAAGGCAGGAAUAACUUUAGAAUUUUCACAAACUCCAAUAAAAAGAAAUAGUUUGUCAUCUUAUAAUGAAGAUCAAAUACAAACGAAACGUACUUGCAGUUCUACCUUUAGAAUUCGAACUAGUAGUAGUGUGUUGGCUGAAACUAGUGGUGGAAUUAAAUCUGAUCCUAGAAAGUUGUUGAAUCAGGAUGAAUCGAUGAUUAUACAUGGUAAAAAGUACUUCUUCGGACCUAUUGUAGAGGGAGUGCGUUAUGAUAGGAUCCAAAAUAGAUGGGUUACAGGAUACAUUAGCUCAGAUGGAAGAAAGAGAUACAAGUACUUUAGCAUUGGUGCCUAUGGGUUUGAGGGGUCUAGGCAACUUGCUAUUGAAUAUAGAGAGAGUGUAUUUGGAUCUACUAAGGGAGUUCAUGAACUUAUGGAGUAUCUACAAACCGUAAUUCAAGGUUUUCCAGCUUAUGAAGAUGGAUCUCUGAAAGAUUUUGAUCAACAAGAUGUAGUUGUACAUCAAGGCCUACUGAAGGGAUUUUCAGAUAAAUAUUAUUUGUGUAUUCCUACAAAAGGCGAUUUUCUAGUUACAACACCAGCAAAUAAAGAUGAUCCUCAAGUACUUAGACUAUUGAAUGAAGCAAAGUUACAAGUUAAUUCCAAUGAUAUAGUAAUUGAAGAAAGUACUGAUUCAAAUUUUCAGGGUGAUAAUUUUACUUCAAGCACAACUUUAGAUGAUAAUAAACCAAAUCUAAAUAUUGAUCAUGAUGCUAAUAAUAGAUAUGAUACUAAGAUAAGACAGGAAGACAUCUCAUUUUUCUCAAAUACAAAUAUUGAUGAAACUUUAAGUUGCAAGAAAUCAAGUAGUAAUAUCGAUAAUCUUACAAAAUCCAGCAAAGAUAAAGGACAUAUACAAGAUAGUCAAGAACCUCAAUUUUCAUCUUCACCUGCACAAUCAAUUACAAGCAAGCGAUCUCUUAAUUCACCAACUACUGACUCAUCUCCGGACUUCCAAAUUUCAAAUGUAGAUCAUUCUCUUUACAUUGAAACGGAAGACAAAACAACCCCAAAUAGUCGGAAAAGAUUCUUUAUUGGACCUCAGAUUGCUGGAGUUUUUUAUAAUCCGGGAAUUCACCGCUGGGUUUCACAAUAUGAAGUUGAUGGUGUCAAAUUAUCAAAAAACUUUAGUGCUAAGAGUUAUGGUUUUGAAAAGUCAAGAUAUAUGGCAAUUAAAUGGAGAACACAAUAUCAUGGAGAACCUCCUGAGCUACCACUUCUUAUUGAGUCACUAAGAAAGCAUGGUAUUGAGUAUCCACCUCUAAAAUGA